UUCAGGUCAAGGUAUAAGUACCAGGUCUUCUGCUGCACACAAACUAUUCUCCUCAUUUGGUUCCAAGGAACAGGUCUAAAAGAUCUUGCAUGAAAGUCUAACAUCUGCAAGAGUGGGGAACCUGCAUCUUAGCCGGACAACUGUAUGUCUGGAUUAAUGGGGAGAAACAUGCUCUCCAUUCUUGUGAUUAUUGCAGGAACCCUGCUAUCAGAUCAUCAUGCUGCAGCACAAACAUUAUUUGAAACUACUACAACAACAUCAGCAACUUCUAGGAACACUCCAAAUGUUGGAGGUUCUUUAGAAUUCAAUGUGGCACAAUACUGCUCAGUAGUACUUGGAAUCUCUGAACUGGACAACAUUUUGGCAAGCGGUUUGACAGACGCAAAUGCUUGUGCUCACUCCCUCCAGCAAUAUGCCUGUGCUGAUGUUGGAAAAGCUUCUGUAAACUCUAUUGUCUCCAUCCUGAAAUGUUAUUCCACAAACCUUCAAGCUAUUAUCACACAAGAAGCAUUUACUUUGUUCAUCUCCAAAAUCAGUUCAGACCCACUCAAACAAGUUGUGGAAACACUUACCGCUCAAGCCGGUGACAGUAUAACAGAAACGUCUAAAAAGUAUCUAUUAAAUGCAGUAUGGGAAAACAUCCGCAAAGAUUCAGCAGUAUUAAGUCCAGGAUUUUUGGCCACCUGGUUCCAAGAAAGACUCUAUCUAUUUUUGCAUCAAAUUGACAGUAAUAUCCUGGACAGUGUCGCUUCUCUGCCUCUUACAUGUGAAGCAUUUCAAGCCAUUGUGGAAGCCUUGGAUGUAGCAUCUCACGGCUUUGAGCAAAGUGUCAAUGAACUAAUUGGACAAUGGAUUACUAAAUUCCUUAGACAAAAUACCUGCAAGAAAUCAACAGCAGCAGAAUUUAUUCUGACUUACUACAGAGGUUUCAGGAACUAUGUGAGCUAUUCAUCUUAUAGUGCAACAGCAAGUGGCUUAGAUCUGAGCUCAGCAUUAUCAGUGUUACCAGCAUUUCAGCUGGCACAAUAUGGUCUUGAGGGCGACGGAUUCAGUAACCCAGCCAAAUUUGCAUUUAUACAAAAGAUUCUGGACAAGAAUGACAUCCUAUUCACUGUUGCAUUUCUGGACAGUUUGUCCCAGCUGAAUCUUCCACAAUCCACUGGACGUGAUGUGCUUUUCUCCCUUUUGGACAGUACCUUAGUAAAGCUGAACAGCCCCAGUAACUCAGGGCUAUGUAAGCCCUCUUUAAAGGAAAUCAUCCAAAAAAUUGGAUUUCUUUUGGUAGCUAUUAAUGAGCAAGCCCUGAGUCACUUACCUUCCAACCUGGAUUGUUCUGAUUUGCAGAUCAUAGUUCAAGCUAUAAAUGGCCAAUAUGACAAUAUCCCAGCAGAAAACCAACGCGCUGUGUUCAAAUACAUAUUAAACUAUUUGAAUAAUGAACUAUCAGUAGCAGGUGCUGCCUGCAACUAUAAACUUCAAAGCAAAAAUUGGCUUCAAUUUAAUUUUGCCGGUUUCAGUAUUUAUCUUAACUAUACUGAUAUGAUUCGACUGAACCCCUCUUUCAAUGGAUACGAAGCUAUUGAACUUCUGACCCUAGAGCAGAUAGUAGAUCUUAUUAUUGAAUCCAACAUAUUAAUAGAAACUAAUCAGGAAAAUGCGGAAGUAAACAUUGGAUAUUUCAUCACCUAUCUAAAAACUAAAAAUUAUACAUACCUGCAAAACUUCCUGAUUCGGCUCAGAGUGAUCCUGAUAAAGAGAAACAUAUUAAUUAUAAAGAACGAACGUGUUCGUUGCUUAUUGCUGGGAGGAAUCUGGGAUAUACUUAAGAGCCAGUUCUCAUCUUUCUCAUCUGAUGAUUGGUUUGAUUGGUUCAAUGCAAAGUUGCCAAUAUUCUCACCGUGCAUCACCAAGGAACAACUCUCAUUCCUGACUCCUAGUUUGAAUGGCAGCUGCUCUAACUAUCAAACAGUUGUUCAAGGGCUUGAUUUAGGUUUUGAGCACAUGACUAAAGAAACCAAAGUAGAAACUGCUUCAUGGAUUGGAGACUUCCUAAAGACUACAAAAUGUGAUUCCAAAAAUUGGUUAGCCGAUAACUAUCGGCGAUUUAGCCUUGUUAUAAAAAUUCGUGUUAUCAUAGAAGAUAAUCCAGACUUUAAUCCGAUUGCUCCAGAAGUGUUGUCUGUCCUGGCUCCAGAUCAACUUGGGCAAGUUGUUCUUGUCAGUGAACAAGCGCAAACUAACGUAACAGUCAUAGAAACCAUUUUUGCAAAUCUUGUUGACGUUCCAAAGGAGGAAGUUGUCAGCACCCUAGGAACAUUUUGGGAUGAAGUCAAAACUGUCUCUGCCGAGACAACAAAUGUGAAGUUCACAGAAGAAGUGAAAUACACAAUGCUAAAUAUAACGACUUCAUACCUGGCAGAAAGUUAUUCAAAUUUUACGGAAAAAAACUUUAGUGUCUGGUUUGAAGAAAGACUGACUGUUGUAAUCAAUACCAUUAAUCAACCAAUUCUAGAACAAAUUCCAUUGACCACAUCCUGCGCAUCAUUUAAAAAUGUGGUUCGAGGCCUAGAUAAAAAAUUUGAAGAAUCCAACAAAAACGAUGUUUAUAAAUUUUUAAGCAACUUCCAGAAAAAUGGGAAAAAGAGUGACGACUGUACAAAAGUUGAAACAACAAAAGACUGGGUGAAAUCAUACUAUGCAAAUUUCUCUAAGCUAUCAACUUAUAAAGAAUUCACGACUUACUUUACGAAUUUCAGCUUAUAUGAAGAAGGAGUACUCAACAUCUUGACCCCAUUUCAGAUUGGGGAUGCGAUUGCAUAUUCCCAAACUCUAGAAAGUCUGGAUCAGUCAACCCAGCUUUUCACAUACCUUGAAACACUUGAUGCGACUGAAGUGGAUGUGAUUUUCAGACAAUUCACAGAAACUGCAAUUAAGGAAUCAAUAGUCAUUAAGAAUGUUGAAGUGGCACGUUUUAUUUUAUUCAGAUAUCUGAGAAUCAUCACUAAACGCAUACAAAGUUACACCGAAAUAAACAUUAUUGAACUAUUUGAAAGGAGAAUUAUCUUGUUUAUUAAAUUCUUUACUAAUGAGACGCUGAAUCUUAUCGCUAUCCGAGACUGCAACUCACUGACUGUUGCUGUAUCUCAGCUGAACAAAGCAUAUGACCAACUGUCUGCAGAAACUCGUGGAGCCAUUGCUAAAUGGAUUUUGAGCAUUUUACAGAAGCCAGCAAUAACUGGUUGCAGCAACGUCACACAAGAGCAAACACAGUGGAUUCAAAUUAUUUGGCGACGUUUCUUUGUGUUUAUAUCAUAUAAGGAAGUUAAAACUGUGUAUAACACAUUUGAUAUACUCACAGUCCUUAAUGACUCCAGUGUCUCUCAAAAAGCAGAAUUCAUCGCAAGCACAAAUAUCUUGUCUGACGUCACCACAGUGAAAACUGUACUAGAAAGUCUUAAAGACGAAACUACCACAGUAUCUGUCACAACAAUUUUCAGCUUUCUAGAAACUUUCAAUGCUGAAUUUGAAAAGUUAACAUUCCAGAGUAUUACAGCAGAAGUAAAGGAGGAAGUUGUGACAUUCCUCAUUUCCAACCUGUUUAUCAACUUCAAACAAAUCACAGAGGUGUAUAUUAAAAAAUUCUAUAUCUACUUUAGAUACUUUCUUUCUGGUAUCACUGUGAAAACUGUCAAACAGGUACCACAGGAAUUAACCUGCAGUCAAUUCUCUGCCAUAUAUUCAGCUUUCAGCAAGGUUUAUAAAGUGAUUGCUGAUGAUGUCAAACAGGCUGUAUAUGAUAAAAUUGUGGCUUAUUUGAAAUACCAAUAUAACAUUAUUGCUCCAUCAGAAAAUGUAUGCAGUAGCUUAUACAAUGACACAAAAACCUACAUUGAAAAUGUUUACUUCAGUUUUGUAUACGAAGCAACGUUUACCGACCUCAGCAUCUAUUAUAAAGAAUUCAAUGUGUAUGAAGUUCUAGAAGUGUUCUCUGCUACUCAGCUUGGUAACUUACUUAUCGACAGCCCAGCCAUCAAAGAAGAGAAAAAAGCAGUGCAGAUCUUGGUGGAAGUUGAUAAACGUACCACUCAAGAAGUUUUUGAAUUCAUUGAAGAAGUUAACAGGGUAUCAGUAGAGCAAAACAUUGCAGUACUUCCAAAUCCAAAUGUUCAGGACUUAAUAUUUAGUACUGUAUGGGAGAAACUGUCUACAACUUUGAAAACAAGUGAGGAUUAUAAGGACUUCUAUGAAUCCAAAUUAAACCUUUUGAUUACCAGUUUCUCCAUCGAAGAAAUUAAUAAGAUCGACACGACCAUCAACUGCAGUGCCCAAAGCUCUGUGGUUGGGGCAUUUAGCAACUCAUAUGACCGAUUAUCCGAAGAGCAACGUAGUGCAGUUUUUUCAAAAAUAAUCUCUUAUCUCCAAACUACAGGAUCCAAUUGUGACUCUGAUAAGCCCACCAGUGAAUGGAUUUCAAAAAACUUUGCAAAAUUUGCACAACUAGCCACCUUUGAACUCUUCCAGGGACUGAAUGCAAACUUCAGUGUGGAGUCUGCCCUUUCAGUAUGUACUGGAACUCAAAUUGGAGAAUAUGUUGUCAGUUCUGGAGCUCUGCAGAGUGAAGAGAAAAUCUCUACAGUUUUAACAAAUCUAGAUACUACUGUAGAAGUUCAACAGUUCUUGGAGAAAGUCAACACUGUGGCUCCAGUACAACUCAAGGAAAGCCCUUUCGUGGAGAAAAUAGUUCAAACUGUAUUUGAGGUCAUUUCAGAUGAAUUUGAUACUUUUUCUGAACAACAAUGGAAAAAUUGGACCCAAGUGUCCUUAGAGAAUGUUCUGUUUGCAGUUACUGAAAAAGAGGUGGAAGCUAUUCCUUCUCCAUUGCCUUGUCAGUCCUAUCAACAGGUAAUAAAGGGUUUUGACAAUGCCUUUGAAGACAUGACAAAUGAAACAAAACAGACAAUAUACAAAUCGCUCAUUAAACCCCAAUUCAACAACUUGUCAUCCCCAUCAGGUGUCAUCUGUGGAACUAAAGAUGAAAGGACACAGCAAUGGUUGGAUAGUAACUUUGGAAAGUUUGCUGUAUAUGUUGAGCUUACAGAGAUCACACAGUGGAAUAAGCAGUUUUCUCCUGCGGAAGUUGUUGGAACUCUAAGUGUGGAUCAACUGGCGGAAGUGGUCUUAGUGAAAGAAAAUAUUAACAAUGAAGAACUUGCAUGCCAGGUUGUGGGAAAACUGAAGUCUGGUGACUCAUCUCUUUCAUAUGAGUUCCUGGAUAGUUUCAGUAAAUUCUUCGUUCAGCUCAAUUUGACACAACUGCCGAAUGAAGCUAUUCGUGUUAAGUAUCUGAGCGAGAUUAUUAAGAUUGUCACACCUGAGUUAAAAACCUACAGUGCUGAAAAUUGGAAGCUAUUACUUUCGGUCAGGCUUAAACCUUUCCUUUCAAGUAUCACAGUCGAACAACUGGACGUUUUUCUUGCAAAUGUUAACUGCGAAAGCUAUGCAGUUAUUGUGAAAUCUCUUGAUGAAAUUUAUGACUAUCUAACAGUUAGUGCACGCGAUAGCUUGUUUGAAAGCCUCUGGAAAGGUCUUGAACGCUUAUUUGGUCUUACAGGUUCUUCCUGUUUGGUUAGCGGGGAAGGAAGCAAGGAUUGGCUUGCAAGGGUCUUCGGCAAAUAUGCAGCUUCUGCUCAGUAUCAAGAGAUUUUGACUCUUUAUCCAGACUUCAAUGGGCUGGAUGUAAUUGAACAAUUGAGUCCCGAGCAACUGGCUGGUCUGGCUGUUACUGAUGAAAUCCUUAAUGAUGAAAGCCAAGCUGAUACAGUUAUUCUGACCUUGAAUAAACUAUCCUAUGACCAAAUUUACAGCUUCUUGGCUAAUUUCCAGGCCAAUGCAGACAAGCGUAAUAUUGUGUCUCUGCCAAACAUCCAAAUCAGGAGCAAGCUACUGGCAGUUUUUCUCAAUACCCUUCGUGUCCGAUUUAACACUUUCAGUGCAGGCCAGUGGAGGGAUAUUUUGAUUUAUAAACUGAAGCUCUUCCUUCCCAGUAUCACCGUGGAACAUCUUAGCUUUAUCCCCAAAAGCAUUGACUGCAGCAUCUAUCCAGUCAUAAUUUCUGCAUUGGAUAUUCAAUAUAAUUAUAUAUCAGAAGAUGUCAGAAAAGUUAUUUACCAAAAAGCGUAUACCCUGCUCUCUGGUUUGAAAGCUCUCACAGGCUCUGCAUGCACUCAAAAUGCUGCUGGUAGCGUUGGGUGGCUAAAAGCAUCCUUCGGUCUCUACAGUUAUUAUGCUACAUUUAGUGAACUUACAAGUCUUAACGAUGCCUUUAUUGCCACGGACGCAGUGUUAUCGCUCACUGCUAAGCAGCUAGCCCAGUUUACAAUCAACAGUGAUGCCUUGUCCAGCAGUGAAAAGAUUGCAAAGAUAUUUACUGGAGUUACCAGCGUAAACCUUGAUGAAUAUAUUGAUGAAUUCAACUUAGUUGCUAAGGAGAAAAACAUUGUACAACUACCUGACAUCAGAGUAAGGAGUUUCAUCAGCGGAGAGAUAUUCUGCCGUCUUGGAUCCCGAUUCUCCUCCUUCACAACAGCUGACUACACACAAUGGUUCCAAGUCAGACUGAAGUUUUUCAUCAGUUCUCUCAAUGCAAAGACUCUCGGAUUCAUACCAAUACAAAUAACCUGUGAUCAGCUUGCGGUCCUUGUGCAAGUAUUCUCUGACUCUACAAACAAUGAGAAUCCUCAAGAUAUAUACAAUUUCAUCCAAUCAGUUUUGAAAUAUCAAUUGACAGCUUCUGGAUCUGCCUGUACCAGUGGUAUAUCGUCUGAUAGAGAAUGGCUUCUUAAAAACUUUGGAUCAUUUAGGAGUUACGCACAGUGGUCUGAUAUAACUUACCUGUACUCAACCUUCCAAGGGCUCGAUAGUGCAGAUCUUUUGAGUUCAACGCAACUGGCCAGCGCUUCAGUGACCACGUUCAUUAUUAGUGAUGCUGAAUCCAUUAGUGUAGUAAUUGACUCUCUAGGUGACGACAUUGACAAUCUUUUCCAAUUCAUUGGAACAGUCAAGGAAUUUGCACUUAUGGAUGUCAGCUUGUUAUCAAAUGUCAAGGCAAGAGACGCCAUCUUGUUGAAGAUUAGUGAACUUGUAUUCCCUAAGCUUGGAACCCUUCCACUAGCUUCUGUGGAGAAAUGGUUUUUCCAGAUUAAUUUCUUGCUUGCUAGCAUCAAUUCUACCAUGUUGGAUUAUAUCAAUCUUAAUAUUCCUUGCUCAUCCUUCCAAACUGUUAUCAAAUAUCUAGACCAGGAUUAUGCAAGUUACCCAUUGGUGAAGAAAAAUGCUGUGUAUAGUUUCCAAAAACGCUACUUGGAAAAACAAAACUUGGAUAAUGGAGCCCCAUGCUUAGAAGGAACAAGUGAUGCUUGUGAAUGGGCGCAGAAGAACUUCGCUAAAUUCUGUAGAGUCUCAAUAGUUGCUGAUAUUCGCGUGUUUUACCCAGACAUUGAUGUAGUAAGUUAUAGCAGUUGUUGUCUCCUGUCCGUCUUACCAUGAAAAAAAGGUCCCGAUCGGAAGAAUGUAUUUUAUUUUUCCUGAUUUCUUGUCUUAUCUAAGACUCUCAAUGUCGUAAGGGUCCCUUGGGAUGUACUUUAUUCCUGGAAAUUCUGCUGAUUAUAGAAAACUUUUAGGGUAACAUGGUAUUUUUAACCAAAUUAUUGUCAACAAACUUUCUAUUUAAUAAGCUAUUACAAUUAUAGGGAUGGACCCCUAAGAGGCACAUCUCAUGCAGACCCUGAAACAAUUAUAUCUUUUUAUACUUUUGUUAAGAGAAGGCUAAUAGUACAAUGGGAAGGAUCAGACAUAGCUUUAUCUCUGCUCCACAUGCCAUCAACUGGAUCUAGAUGCCGAAUCUUGUCCUGAUUCUAAGAAUAUUUUACCCACGACUUCAUUAAAUUUCACUUAACAAAACACAUGACCUGCUAGCAUAUAUGUAACAGAUUUUUUCAUUGUAUUCUAUUUUGACUAAAACUGUUACAUCACAGUAUUUAGGUAAUGUUGGUACAGUGAAAUAGGAAUCCAGAUCAGUGUAUGGUACAAACCUGCAUAUUACAAUUAUACCUGAUCCUACUUGUAAACACUUACACAUGACACAUAAUGCAGUUCAACUUCAUACACACAUUAAAAAUAGUAACAGAAAAAAAUGUAGUAUUUAACUUAAUUUAUAAUUUUCUUCAGUUUUUUUUUUUUUUUAGAUCUUCCCUAUUUCUUGUUGGUUUUCCCCAUAAAUUGCAUAUAGACUAAAAAAAUUAAAAGGUUUGACAACCUCAAAAAAAGUCCCAAAGUAACAAUAAGAAUAGUUUCUAAGCUAUAAAUGUAGGAUAUUCUACAAAACAUCUGUUUUUGCGUUUUUAAGCUCUUUACACACUAUAUAUAUAUAUAUAUAUAUAUAUAUAUAUAUAUAUAUAUAUAUAUAUAUAUAUAUAUAUAUAUAUAUAUAUAUAUAUAUAUAUAUAUAUAUAAUUUUGUUGGCAUUAGAAAAAAAAACCAAAAGCAUAGGAUCUGUUAUAAACCACAAAAUAUAUAAUUAAUAGAUAUUAUGGUAUAUUUUGGAAAAUUCAUUUAGCAUUAACAUUUAUUAGAGAAACACAAAUUUGUUUUGAGAUUUCUUUGAUUUUUAUCCUUGAUUUUCUAGAACAGUUUAAAGCAUACAAAAACACAGAUCAAGCAAAAAUAAUUACAUUGACCCCCCAACUAAUCUGAACUUUUUAAUAUAUAUAUAUAUAUAUAUAUAUAUAUAUAUAUAUAUAUAUAUAUAUAUAUAUAUAUAUAUAUAUAUAUAUAUAAUGAUACAAUUGUAUUUUUAGGCAUAUUACUUUUUUUUACAUAAUUAUAUGUUUAUAUGCUAUAAGAAUAAGCCAAAUCUGGACAUCCCAAAAUGUAAUUCAGUUUCUCCUGUGCAGCAGAAAUCAUUGUGCAAAGUUUCUAUAGCACUAAUGUUUAGUUUGAUCAGUAGCAAUUGUUUAAAGUCUAGAACUGCCAACUCUAUGUGCUUGAACUGAUGCUAUUCCUGCUGUGUAGCCUAUGUCUAUAAUAAAGAAUCCCUUUAACCAAAUCAUGAUGUAAAGCCCCUAAUUAGCAAAUAUGUACUUUAGUUCUGCUAAUGUCAAUGAUUAAACAAUUCUGAUGGUGGGGAAGAAUUUGUAAAAUUUGCGUCAGCCGGUGUGCAUGGGCUUAAACGUUUUUUUAAAUGUUACAAUAAAAUGCAAUCAAAAUUAUCAAAAUAUUUACGUACAUGUUGAUAUAUUCCCCUUUAUAUCAUGUAUCCUAUCAUGUAUCCUAUAAUCAUAGUUUAAUGUAAAACCAAUGCAUUAUGUUAAUGUAUUUGCAUUUACAUCUUCAAGAUGGGAGUUCUGUUUAAUGCUUUUAUGUAAUUGUUUUGUUUGUAAUUAUGAAGUUUACUGCACAGCUGUUUACAUGCCUAUAAUGUAUUCUCUGUAACAUUGUGCUAGCUUUUUCUUUGCAUCUUCUAAGCAUUUCUUUACUUGUAUAGCUGUCUGCCUGUUCAUAAUAAAUAUUCAUUCAAAAACAAAA